GUUAUGCAGCGUCGCAUGGAUGGCUCGGAGAACUUUUACAGAAACUGGACUGAUUAUGAAAGAGGAUUUGGUGACCCGAGGAAAGAGUUUUGGAUCGGAAACGACAACAUAUACCGCAUAACGUCCAACCAAAAGUACAAAGUUUUGUUCGUGUUGGAGGAUUUCGAAGGGAAGGUGGCAUGUGCAGCUUAUGAUUCAUUCAGUGUUGGCUCGCCAGAUACUUACUACGUUCUGAACAUUGGAAACUACAAUGGAACAGCUGGGAACUCAAUGACUUUUAACAACGGCAUGGCAUUCACAACGUACGACAAAGAUCACGAUUUAGUCAACUACAAUUGUGCGCAGUCAUUCCAAGGUGCAUGGUGGCAUAAAAAUUGCUUUGAAGCCUGUCUCAACGGUUUGUAUCUCAAGGGAGUUCAUUCUUCUUUUGCCAAAGGAAUCAACUGGUUAGCAUUCCGUGGUUUUUAUUAUUCUCUCAAGUUUACUGAAAUUAGAAUCAUCUUAAUUUAG